AUGGUUGGAUUAUCCGAUCACUACAGCGAUCUGAAAGAUCACGUGAUGAGAGUGAUAAGGCCAGACGACUUCGGUUUCUUCUCCUUCUUCGGCAAGCCAGGCACCGGGCGGUCCCUUCUUGCCCGGGGCGUCUAUGACGACAUACAAGGCUCCUUCGACUGCAGCGCCUGGGUGAGAAUAGGCUCAACAUAUCAACUCAAACAACUCCUCUUAAACAUAAUUUCUCAAAUAAAAGAAGUAGAUGGCCACGAAUUACUCCUCAGCUCCCAAGGAGAGGAGGAAUUGGGGGAGCAUUUGUACACUAGUUUGGAAGGAAAGAGGUACAUGGUUGCGUUGGACGACGUUUGCGACACGGACGUUCUGAUCAGGCUGAGAAGGUGGUUGCCGGAGCAGAAUAACGGAAGCGUGGUAUUGCUGACGACAGGAUUAAGUGAAGUAGCGGAAUUCGACGAGAGCUUUGUGCUUCUUAUGCCGCCGACGAUAGAUGAAGACUUCAUCUGGCCUUUCAUACAGUUGUGUUUUUUCAAAGACGGUAUUGCGCCGCCAGAGUUUGAGGAAAUCGGGAGGAAGAUUGCCAGAAACUGUGGAUGUCUUAGACUGGUGGUGGCCAGAAUUAUGCUGAUUUUGAGGAGAAUGAAGAAAGGGGUGGAGAAUUGGAGCAGGUUAGCUGAGGCUCAACAUUAUCGCGUUUAUACCAUGGAUGAUGAAUUAUCUGAGCUACAAAUAUUACACAUCUCUAUCUCAGUUAUAUUUUGUGGUUAA